CAUCAACGCGCGCCCACAAAAACACAGCUAGUGUGAAGAAGUCUACACCUUACCGCGCGCGAGCUUACCGGAGCCGGUCAGAUGGAGUUCCAUUUAAAUAGCUCGGCCAGCUAGCUAGGAGCCGAGGCCACCGAUAGCCGAUAGCUUGAGCGGAGCGGAGCCCAAAUUAAGCAAUUGCAGCAACGCCGACGACGCGACGAUGAGCAGCUUCCCGCCGCCAUCCCAGGGGCAGCUCAUCACGGUGCUGAGCAUCGACGGCGGCGGCAUCCGCGGGCUCAUCCCAUCCACCAUCCUCGCCUGCCUCGAGUCGAAGCUCCAAGAGCUGGACGGGCCGGAUGCGCGCAUCGCGGACUACUUCGAUGCGAUCGCCGGGACGAGCACUGGCGCGCUGGUGGCGACGAUGCUUGCAGCGCCAGGCGAGAACAAGCGACCUCUCUUCGCCGCCAAGGAGAUCAACCAGUUCUACCUCGACAACGGGCCCAAGAUCUUCCCGCAGCGGAGCUACGGGCUCCUCACUCCGGUGGCGAAAUUGUUCAGCGCGGUGAUGGGUCCCAAGUAUGAUGGUAAGUUCCUGCACGAUAAGAUCAAGAAGCUCACCAACGACGUUACCAUCGCCGACACCAUCACCAACAUCAUCGUGCCGACUUUCGACAUCAAGUUCCUACAGCCGGUCAUCUUUAACACGUACGAGGCCAAGAAGGAGCCGCUCAAGAACGCCCACCUAUCGGACAUCUGCAUCAGUACGUCGGCGGCACCCACCUACUUCCCGGCUCACUUCUUCAAGACCCACGAUCCCUUGGGAAAGGUACCGGAACGUGAGUACCACCUUAUCGACGGCGGCGUGGCUGCCAACAACCCCACCAUGGCUGCCAUGUCGAUGAUUACCAAGGAGGUUCUGUGCCGGAACCGGGACUUCAGCCCCGGCAACCCCGCUGAGUAUGGCAACUAUCUCAUCAUCUCCAUCGGCACCGGUGCGGCCAAGCAAGCGGAGACGUACAACGCGCCCGACUGCGCCAAGUGGGGCGUCAUCCGCUGGCUCCACCAUGGCAGCUUCAUACCGCUCGUCGCCAUGUUCUCCCACGCCAGCGCAGACAUGGUCGACAUCCACGCCUCCAUGCUCUUCAAGGCUCUGGGAGUUGAGAAGAACUACCUCCGCAUCCAAGACGACUCACUCCUUGGCCACACGACGUCAAUGGAUAUCGCUACCAAGGAGAAUAUGGAGGCGCUCAUCGAGAUCGGCAACAACCUGCUCAAGAAGAAGGUGGCCAGGGUGAAUAUCGACACUGGGAGCUACGAUUCCGUCGACGGCGAGGGAACCAACGAGGAGGCGCUCGUGCGCUUCGCCAGCAAGCUCUCCAAAGAGCGCAAACUGCGUCAAACCACCCUCAGCUCCCUCUAGGCUCUAGCACAGACUGGUAAGUUGAAUUUGAGGGCUAUAUAUGCAUGGUAAUUAAAUAGGUGGUGCCUAAUUAAGCAUGUAUAUAUAUUCACCCCCCGAAAAAGAAACGUGUGUAUGUUCAAGAAUCUCAUUAGAAUGGAGAAAUCAAUAAGGCCUCGUUGCAGGCAGGGAUUGACCUGAAUCGUGUCCCGAUCGCGUGGUUUCGCAGCCCGGCAGUGCAUUUUUCCCAGGCCAGCAAAGUUGUUGUCUUCGUUUACUCUCCAACGGGAUAAUUUGCCCAGCGUAUCCCUGAUUCUGCCUGGAAUUCUUUUAUCCCAGUGCAGUUCUUUCAGAAUCAAAGUCGUACUGGUCGUGGCAUGGUGUCGAAUUGGGCAGCACAA